AUGACUACAUUAGUGCCAAUUACAUUAAAUAUUAAAACUGUAUUUGGUGUUCGUUCGUCAGUAGAAAAUGGUCUGUAUUUUCAGGAUGAUCACGUUAUUGUGUAUCCAGCGGGAAAUCAGUUGAUCAUUUCAAACGUCGAAACAAAAGGUCAAAAAAAUUUUUGUUGUCCAGAACUUGAAAAUUUAUUAUAUUUUAUUGUUCACGGUGGAGCUGCAAUUACUGCGAUAGUUGCCCAAGGAGAUAAAGAGAACAUUAUAGUUGCAUUUUAUGAUCUCCAUAUUGGUCGACGUAAACGUCUGUUCGAAAUUAGAAAUAGCAUUACUUCCAUUGUAUCUCUUGCAUUUUCGCAUGAUGCUAAACAAGUAAAGCAUGAUGCUUUUUGA